UUGAUUAAAUUUACGUCUGGAUUCCUGGCUUCAAAAAUGGCGGGUUUAGCUAUUGUUUUGGAUCUAUUACGGAAAAAUUCCGUUCUCAAUACACAGCAGAGUCUCCACUCCUGUGGCGCUUUCUCGGCCGCCGCCGCUGCCGCUGCCGGAACCCCUUUCGCGUACAGAGCUUUCAUAGGUAAUUACAGGAUUCCCAUAGCUCAUUGCGAUGCUGGUGUGGAUGCGACUGAGGAGGACUACUUCUCAAAUCUACAGAGUGCAUCAACGAAAAUCUUCGAGCACGAGUCUCUUCAAUACAGUACAAAGGAGUACAACCUCGAGUUAAAGCCACUAUUCUCGGCUUUUCAAUGGAGGAUGCUUGGUAUGACAACCUUGAGGUCGUUUUUGAUGUUUUAUUUGCCUCUUUUGGAGCCUCAUGCCAAGUUGGAAGACGAGGACGAUGACGAUGACGAUUUUCUAGAUGAUGCUCAAGAAGAGAAGCAUGUCGAUCUAGUUUUGCCCUUUAAAAAGUCCAUCAAGCAAAUCUUUCGUGAGACUACCGUCGUCACAACGAGACGUGUUUUGGAACGAAUUGCUGUUCACUAUGCUUCGCAGAGAAUAGCAUGGAAGCUUCUUAAAGAUGUUCCCAAAUCUGCUGUUCGUAAGGCUGGACGAGGACUGUCUACUCCGAUCUACUUCUUCCGAGUUAGUAGGACAACUUUCAGAGGUCACGCUCUAGGAGUUGCAGCUUCAUGGCUUGUCCAAGUCGGUAUCGAAAUUUACCGAUACAUAUCAGAGAAAAUAAAAUCCGAAGAAGACAAUAUCGUUAACAAGACCGAGAAACUAGUACUUCUAAGGAAGAAGAUUGCAGGCGCUACUCUUCGGUGUAGCUCGUCGCUAGUUUUUGCUUCCAUUGGAGCAGGUAUCGGCGCCACCCUCUUCCGCCCAUCAGCUGGCCAGUGGAUCGGAUGUGCCGUGGGGGACUUGGCAGGGCCUGUUGUUGUGACAGUUUGUCUGGAGAAAGGUUUGAACUUGGAUCUUUAGGUUCUGUUCUAGAGUUUAAUGUGCUGACUGAUUCUUUGAGCAUUGUGGCUAUUUGAACAAGUUUUAAGUAUAUGUUGUUAGCCACAUGAAUGUAAAACAGAUAUGAAAUGAGAAUUUAUUAAUUUUACCUUAAUUGGUGUGAUAAGUAUGUAAA